AGAGAUGGAACAGGAAGACUCCAUAGGUAUUCUUGAAUCCCCUCUGAUUCCAGGCUCUGGAAAGGUACCUGGAGAGGGUGUGAGUUUGAGUAAGGAAAGCUGCAACAAAGCUGAGAUAACCACAGAGCUAAAGAAGCAAAUGAGGGUGGCUGGACCUCUAGUUGUGGUCAGUUUCUUGCAGUACAGUUUGCUGAUGAUAUCAGUCAUGUUUGUCGGCCAUCUCGGGGAGCUCUCCCUCGCAAGUGCUUCAAUGGCUACUUCAUUUGCUGGGGUGACAGGUUUCAGUUUCAUGCUUGGGAUGGGAAGUGCACUGGAAACCUUCUGUGGGCAGGCCUAUGGAGCAAAACAGUAUCACAUGCUUGGAGUUCACAUGCAGAGGGCAAUGCUUGUUCUUACACUUGCGAGCGUUCCCAUAUCCCUGAUUUGGGCUUUCACAGGGCAAGUUUUCACCAUUCUCAAGCAAGAUACAGAAAUUUCGAUGCGUGCAGGGGUGUAUGCUCGGUGGAUGAUUCCCAGCAUUCUUCCUUAUGGCCUUCUGCAGUCCCAGCUGAGAUUCUUGCAAACUCAGAAUAAUGUUCUUCCAUUGAUGAUAACUACAGGAAUUACAAGUUUAGUUCAUAUCCUCGUUUGUUGGACACUGAUUUUUCGACUUGGUUUUGGCAAUCAAGGUGCUGCCCUGUCGAGUGCCAUCUCUUAUUGGACCAAUGUGUUUAUUUUGGCCAUCUACAUCAAGUUUUCUCCCACAUGCAAGAAAACCUGGACAGGUUUCUCCAAGGAUGGCAGGAGAAACCUUGUCAGUUUUCUCAAGUUAGGCAUACCAUCAGCUCUUAUGGUCUGCUUCGAAUUUUGGUCGUACGAAUUUUUAGUUCUCAUGUCUGGUCUUCUUCCAAAUCCAAAGCUAGAAACAUCAAUGAUGUCUGUCAGCCUCAACAUAAGUUCAGUAGUCUACAGGAUCCCCUUUGGCUUUGGCAGUGCAGUAAGUACAAGAGUUUCAAACGAACUAGGCGCUGGCAAACCACAAGCUGCACGCCUUGCAGUGAAGAUUGUGGUGUUGUUGGCAGUAUCAGAAGGUCUGUCACUAAGCAUAAUUGCAGUUGCAUUGAGGGGAACCUUGGGUUAUCUGUACACCAAUGAAGAAGAAGUUGUGAGAUAUCUGGCAUCCGUGAUGCCGGUGCUAGCUCUAUCCAACUUCAUGGACGGAAUCCAGGGUGUUCUCUCAGGUACUGCUAGAGGGUGUGGUUGGCAAAAGAUUGGAGCUUAUGUAAAUCUAGGAUCUUAUUAUCUCCUGGGGCUUCCUUCAGCCAUCAUCUUGAGUUUUGUCUUUCACUUUGGAGGAAAAGGACUUUGGAUUGGAAUUAUAUGUGGGAGUGGUUUGCAAGCAUUUCUGCUUCUAGUCAUUGCCAUGCGCACGAACUGGGAGCUAGAAGCGGAGAGGACCAGGGAGAGAGUUUAUGGUUCUUGCAUCCCCAUGGAUUUGCCAUCAUGAAGCAGGAGGAAAGAAAAAGCAUCAGGUUAAACAGGUUUAUGCUAGGUAUCACACUUUUGCAGCUGAGGUGACUUUGAAAAGGAAAACUUGAUCUGAAGAAUCAUAAUAA